AUGGAACGCCCUUCUACUCCAAAUGGAGGUCCCCCGGGAUACUCAGCAGCGCCUCCAUCUUACUCGACUACGCCAAAGGACAAUACCCCCACAAACUUGGCAAACAAUGGCUCUACAAUGCGACUGUUGAGUUCCCAAGAUGAUACGGAGCGCCGCUCCCCCGUGUCCCCCUCGCGAACGUAUCUGAAUUACCGUCCGUCAUCAUCCGCCUCCUCUCUUCCACGACCGCAAUCUCCGUCCAUACUGGACACUGCGCCAAGGCUAGCCCCAACCUCAACAGACGCGCCAUCUUAUCUGCCGUAUAUUCCAAGUCGCAAUUCACCUACACGAUCGCUGUUAUCACGCACGUCCUCCGAAUCAUCUCGCCCUCCUCCAUCUGACAUUGCAUAUGAACCGGUAGAUCUCAAUGGGAACCCUCGUCCAGGUUCGCCAUCUUCAAAGUACGGAGGCAGUUCUAAACGACCUCUCCCUCCUGCACCAUUGUUCUCUGGCCCACAAGCUGCGAGCCAGUCUUCCGGAAAUCUCGCAGAAGCUACGGCAAUUCCAAUCCACGAAGACGAAGACGAUGUUUUCGGGCCCCCAAGUGGAGAUCAAUCAAGCGGGCGUCUGAGACCAAGCCUCAAGUCUUACGAGUCUUUUCAGUCCCAGUCAACUUCCACAGAGGACCUCUACUCAAAAGAAGAUGAGGAUCAUUACGGUCCUGCACCAACAGGAAGGCAAGAGCGAAGACGCGGCGCAAGGCAAGCGCAGAUGGCAAAGAAGGAAGUACGGCUCAUCAACGGAGAACUCAUCCUGGAAUGCAAGAUACCCACAAUUCUCUAUAGCUUUCUCCCGCGAAGGGACGAGAUCGAGUUCACCCACAUGCGGUACACUGCCGUGACUUGUGACCCUGAUGACUUCACAUUGAAAGGGUACAAAUUGAGACAGAACAUCGGCAAUACUGCGAGAGAUACAGAGCUCUUCAUAUGCAUCACAAUGUACAACGAGGACGAGAUUGAUUUCACGCGUACCAUGCAUGGAGUAAUGAGAAACAUUUCGCAUUUCUGCUCCCGUGCCAAAUCAAGGACAUGGGGAAAAGACGGGUGGCAGAAAAUCGUUGUUUGUAUAGUGUCAGAUGGUCGUCGGAAAGUGCACCCAAGGACGCUGGACGCUCUUGCUGCAAUGGGUGUGUACCAAGAUGGCAUUGCGAAGAAUUUGGUGAACCAGCGAGAGGUCACAGCUCACGUGUACGAGUACACCACCCAGGUCUCCCUAGAUGCAGAUCUCAAGUUCAAGGGAGCCGAAAAAGGGAUUGUACCUUGUCAGAUGAUAUUCUGCCUCAAAGAGAAAAAUCAGAAGAAACUCAAUUCUCAUCGGUGGUUCUUCAAUGCUUUUGGGAGAGCAUUAAGUCCAAAUGUCUGCAUCUUGCUCGACGUUGGGACUAAACCGGGAGAGAAUUCCCUUUAUCAUCUUUGGAAGGCUUUCGAUACGGACUCCAACGUUGCAGGUGCAUGUGGCGAGAUCAAGGCAGCCAAAGGCAAAGGUUGGUUAGGAUUGCUCAAUCCCUUGGUUGCUUCACAAAACUUCGAGUACAAAAUGUCCAACAUCCUCGACAAACCUCUUGAAUCUGUGUUUGGUUAUAUCACUGUACUUCCGGGAGCCUUGAGUGCGUAUCGUUACUACGCACUUCAGAAUGAUGCUACUGGCCAUGGUCCAUUGAGUCAGUAUUUCAAAGGAGAAACGUUACAUGGUCAAGACGCCGAUGUCUUUACCGCGAACAUGUAUCUUGCUGAAGAUCGAAUCCUCUGCUGGGAGUUGGUCGCGAAAAGAGAUGAGCGGUGGGUACUGAAAUAUGUCAAGAGCGCAACGGGGGAGACAGAUGUACCUGAUGCUGUCCCGGAAUUCAUAUCCCAGCGAAGAAGAUGGCUGAACGGAGCCUUCUUUGCCGCGGUCUAUUCGCUCGUGCAUUUCAAGCAGAUAUGGCAUACGGAUCAUUCCAUUGCACGGAAAGUUUUGUUGCAUAUCGAGUUCGUCUACCAGUUCGUCAGCUUGGCUUUCACCUUCUUUUCCCUCGCCAACUUCUACCUAACCUUCUACUUCAUUGCUGGAUCACUCUCGGAUCCGAAACUCGAUCCCUUCGGCCACAAUAUCGGCAUGUAUAUCUUCGUUAUCCUUCGCUUCGCCUGUGUCCUUUUAAUCUGCACUCAAUUCAUCCUAUCAAUGGGGAAUCGACCUCAAGGAGCCAAGAAAAUGUACAUGUCCAGUCUAGUCAUAUACUCGAUAAUCAUGACCUACACCGUCUUCGCAUCCAUAUACAUCGUCGUUGUCCAACUCAAAAGUCCAACCACCUCGUUCCACCUUGGCAACAAUAUAUUCACGAACUUAAUCGUCUCGACCGGCUCAACCGUAGGCAUAUACUUCCUCAUGUCCUUCCUCUACCUCGACCCAUGGCACAUGUUCACCUCCAGCGCUCAAUAUUUUGCUCUCCUACCCUCGUACAUCUGCACACUACAGGUAUACGCCUUCUGCAACACGCACGACGUCAGCUGGGGUACCAAAGGCGACAACGUCAUUCAUAUCGAUCUCGGCGCAGCUGUGAGCGGCAAAGGCAACACGGUCGAGUUAGAAAUGCCCAGUGAGCAGUUGGACAUCGACUCCGGCUACGACGAAGCCCUGCGCAAUCUCCGGGACAGACUCGAGGUCCCCAAGGACGGCGUCAGCGAAGCCACUCAGCAAGAGGAUUACUAUCGCGCCGUCCGCACAUACAUGGUCGUCGUGUGGAUGAUCUCGAACGCUAUACUCGCCAUGGCCGUCAGCGAAGCCUAUAACAGCACGCACAUCACUAAUAAUUUCUAUCUCAAAUUCAUUCUGUGGAGUGUGGCUUGCGUGGCGCUAUUUAGAGCGUUGGGCAGUAGUGCCUUCCGCAUCAUCAAUGUUGUGCACAUGAUAGCAGAGGGUAGGAUGAAGAUAAGUUUGAAAGGUGGGCACCUCAAGGUGCCAGACUGGGUUAGUGACACAGGGAGCAAGGUCAGCAGCAAAUUCAGCUUUUUCGGCCAUAGCAGUUUAGGGAGUAGUAUUGGGAAAAGUUCGAGAGGGUAG